GGUGGCGAGAAGUGUUGUAGUCACAAGCAGGGAAAUUCAGCCUAGCAAUUGGUCGACUACACAGUGACGACUCCCGGAUCGGGUCCGCGGGCGCCGCGAUGAACCUGAUCAACAUGGACGCGGAGAACCGCGUGGUGCUGAACGUGGGCGGCAUCCGGCACGAGACCUACAAGGCGACGCUGAAGAAGAUCCCGGCGACGCGCCUGUCGCGGCUGACGGAGGCGCUCGCCAACUACGACCCCGUCCUCAACGAGUACUUCUUCGACCGGCACCCGGGCGUGUUCGCGCAGGUGCUCAACUACUACCGCACCGGCAAGCUGCACUACCCCACCGACGUGUGCGGACCGCUCUUCGAGGAGGAGCUCGAGUUCUGGGGGCUCGACUCCAACCAGGUCGAGCCCUGCUGCUGGAUGACCUACACCCAGCACCGGGACACGCAGGAGACGCUGGCCGUGCUGGACAGGCUGGACCUGGACACGGAGAAGCCCAGCGACGAGGAGAUCGCGCGCAAGUUCGGCUUCGAGGAGGACUACUUCAACGGCACCAUGUCCUGGUGGCAGCACCUCAAGCCCAAGAUGUGGUCACUUUUCGACGAACCCUACUCCUCCAACGCUGCCAAGAUAAUUGGCGUCAUCUCCGUGUUCUUCAUCUGCGUCUCCAUCCUGUCUUUCUGCCUCAAGACGCACCCCGACAUGCGUGUGCCCGUCAUCCGCAACAUCACCGUCACGACGCCUUCCAACGGUACCGCGUGGGUACUCGACAAGACCAAGACGACGGCGCACGUCGCCUUUUUCUACUUCGAGUGCGUGUGCAACGCUUGGUUUACGUUCGAAUUCUUCAUACGCUUCAUCGCGUCGCCGAACCGCAUCGAGUUUAUCAAAGCGUCCGUCAACAUAAUCGACUACAUCGCCACGCUGAGCUUCUACGUCGACCUGGUGCUGCAGAAGCUGACGUCGCACCUCGAGAACGCCGACAUAUUCGAGUUCUUGAGCAUCAUCCGCAUCAUGCGGCUGUUCAAGCUGACGCGGCACUCGUCCGGCCUCAAGAUCCUCAUCCAGACGUUCCGGGCGUCGGCCAAGGAGCUGACGCUGCUCAUCUUCUUCCUGGUGCUCGGCAUCGUCAUCUUCGCGAGCCUCGUCUACUACGCGGAGCGCAUCCAGGCGAACCCGUACAACGACUUCAACAGCAUCCCGCUGGGCCUGUGGUGGGCGCUGGUCACCAUGACGACCGUCGGCUACGGCGACAUGGUGCCCAAGACGUACGUGGGCAUGUUCGUCGGCGCGCUGUGCGCCCUGGCCGGCGUGCUGACGAUAGGACUGCCGGUGCCCGUCAUCGUCAGCAACUUCGCCAUGUACUACUCGCACACGCAGGCGAGGGCCAAGCUGCCCAAGAAGCGGCGGCGGGUGCUGCCCGUCGAGCAGCCCCGGGGGCCCCGCAUCGGCGGCACGGGCGGCUCCGCGGGACCGGGGCACCCCGGCUGCGGCAGCGUGGGCGGCGGCGGCGGCGGGCCUGGGGGCGGAGGAGGCGGAGGCGGCGGCAGCGUCGGGGGCCCCGGCGGCGGGCCCGCCUCCGCAGGCGGCUGUCCGCAGAACUGGCGCAUGAACGCCAUCAAGGCCAACCACCUCAAGGACUCGCCGUCCAAGAUGGAUCAGUUUGACAAGAAGCCCAAACAGCGUCCAUUUUGACGGCUUUCAGUGGAAUUGACAGCUGUCUUGCUGCAAAGUGUCAUGUCUUGGUCUUGGAGUGCUUGGCUGAGAGUGAAUCAUCAACAUCAUUUUGUCGCAAAAGGAUGAUUUCUCAAUUAUUAAGUCUCUUCUAAUUUAAUUCAUCCAAAGCUCUGGGAAAAGGUCUUACUGAGUAUUUUAUCGUCGUCAAGUUUUAAUAUACUAAAGUAAAAUUUUAGAAAUGCUAUUCAGUGCCAUAAAAUAGCAAUGUAUCAUAAAACUGACAAUAAGUCAACAAUAUUAUGUAUUUAAUUUGUACAAUUUUACACUGUCAUAUCUUGUGAAUCGGCAUUUGGAUAUGGGUGUUAUUACCCAAAAAGAAAACACUUUAAUCCACGCUAUACAGGGUUUAUCAAAAACGUUCAGAAAAAGUCUCCCAUUUGUCGUCCUCUUGUGAGAUUAUGUUUGAUGUACUUCGUGAAACUUGGUGCUUCAUCUGGAAAUGACUAUUGAAAUGCUAGCAGUGUGAUUAAAAUACUCCCAGUUUAGCAUUUCAGGGAUGUGUCUCACAGAUAAGAAUAUGUCGAGUUUUAUUUCUCAGGAAUUUUUAAGGCACGAGUUGCACUACUGUAGAUGGGCUCAGUUGCUGGUGAAAGAAGUAACAUCAGGACUCAAGAAACAAUUCAGUCCAGUGAAUGUGUGUGAACAUUUCAUUAUGCUAGAGUUAUUAGACUACAAAACAACUUGAAGAAAUAAUGGGGAACAACCUGUACGAUAUAUUUCCUUUAUCAGUUUUAUCCAGUUACUAUAUAGAACAAUUCUAUGUAUCACUUGUUAUAAGAUUUUACUAUAUGCACAAAUAUCAAAAUAUUUUAUCACCAUUUAAAUAUUUAUCAUAUAAACCAAGACUAAAUAUGUGUAACUACAAAUAUUCUAAACACCCAAUUUAUAUUUUAUUUCUAAGAAAAUGGCGUUUUUUACCUAUAAAUACAUAAGAAGAUGCUUUCCAUAUAACUGCAGGAAGAGAAGUCAUGCUACAUCCAAAACUCACUAUACUAUCUCUUUAAAAUGAGAAAUGUAUUCAUUAUUUUACUUAGCACUGUUUAAUGCUUAUGACUCAAAAUAUAUUUAUUAUUUACUUCUAAGAAGCCAUAAAAUCAUUAUCUGAGAAGGUAGCCUUCAUUUCUUUCAAGAUUUUUCUGUGCACUUAGGCUCCUGGAUAUUUGCUACAUCAGUCUGAAUUUGAUUGACUUCAUUAACGACUACCAACAGUUACCAAAUUAAAGCCUUAUAUUUAUGGAAACUGUACCACAAUGACCAGUCAUGUCGCAAAAAACUACUCUGCAGUAAAUUAUUGAAGAACAAUGACCUUACUACCGUCGUUAAAUUUCUAGAAUGUAUUAUCAUAGCAUCGUUCUUAAUAAGCCAGUUGUGUGGAUUAAGCAGGAGUAUAAUUACGUUGCAGCAUUUUGUCUGUAGCAGUUGUGUACUUUUUAUAUAGUUCACCAGAGAUUUUGGUUUCGAUUUGUGUUUCAAAACUGAGAAAUGCACUUUCCCUUGACUGUCAAAAUGGGCAAAAAAUUGUGAUAAGGUUUUUAAAUACUGUAACCAGCUAUCUGGGGAAAAACCAUGGAUUUAACCAAGUAUAUAUAUAAAUUGUCACACCACUACCAAUGCAAUAAUGUGGUAAUGGGAAAAGACCAUCCAUAAGAAUCUCAGCCAUUGUGGAUUCAACAGUUAAAAUUCGAAAUAUUCUAUAAGAUAGGAUAGCUAUUGCUACUAGUCAUUUAGCGUAAUUUUUUCUUUUGUUUUUUUGAGAACAGCAAGUCAUGACAGCUAAAACAUAACUUCCUGUAACCUGUUCAGCAUCAUAUAGCGUUAGGGAAGAGUAGAUAUUGCAUAUAUACCAUUUUGGGGGUACAUGGCAGAACAAGACUUGCACAGUUAUGUGACUAACAUUAAUAGGUGCUUGAAGGAAUUUAUGCUACAGAAUCUUUGAAACAUUAGCAAUAAUCAUAGUUUCUAAGGCGAUUACAUCUUAAAGGCCCAUACAUUCCAUUAUACAAGACAAACACAUUUCAUUCUGGUUUAAUCAUUCACUUAAAAAAAUUGUAAAGGGAACUGAUUCAUAAAUUGCUAAACAAUUUACUUUCAUCUGAAAUAUAACAUAGCAGCUCUAGUUCUAGUUUAAAUCUCUUAUAUUGUAAAAAUACUGUAAAAUGACACUUAAACAAUAAAAAUAAGAUUAUAAAAGUAAAAUUCUUAUUAUAAAUUCAUACUAAUGAAAAGAAAAGUGUC